CACUCUCUCUCACAAACACAACACAACAAAACAUACAUAAAAUACUACAAAUCUUGUCCUUUACAGAGUGUAGUUACUCAUCCCCAACAACCAACACACCACAACACAACACACAAAACUCAGAACCAAACCCCAAAAUCACACCCCUCUUCUUCUCCAUCUUCUUCAACUCAUUCUUUUGAGUUUUUGUUGUUAGGGUUUUGAGGUUAUUUGGCAUAUGAAUCUUUAUUAUUGUUUGUAAUUUCUUUGUAUUAUGACUCACUCUUCUUCUUUGAUAUCUUUCUUCUUGUUGGUCUUGUUGUUCUUGUGUGUGGUUUCGAGUUCUCGGGGCUCCGAACGCGAAACCGGAUCUCUGCUUGAGUUCAAGAAAGGAAUUAGCAAUGACCCACUUGGAAAAAUCCAGUCUACAUGGAAUCUUUCUUCUCUACCCGACCCGAAGGCCUGCCCCGUGUCGUGGACAGGGGUUACUUGUGACCCCGCUUCCGAUUCUGUCAUUUCUAUUGAUUUGAGCCAAAUGGGUUUGUACGGGGACCUGAAAUUCAGCACGUUGUUGAACCUGAAGGAGUUGCAGAAUCUUUCUCUUGCCGGGAAUAAUUUCUCGGGUCGGUUGGUGCCCGCAUUGGGAUCCAUGAGUUCGUUGAAGUACUUGGAUCUGUCGGGGAAUAGUUUUAUUGGUCCGAUCCCGGGCCGGAUCAUGGAUUUGUGGGGUUUGAAUUAUUUGAAUUUGUCUGGAAAUAAGUUUGAGGGAGGGUUGCAGGGGAGUUUCAGGAACUUGCAGCAGCUGAGGGUGUUGGAUUUGCAUUCAAACCAGUUGAAGGGCGAUAUUGGGCAAGUGUUGAGUGGGUUGAGGAAUGUUGAGGUUGUUGACUUGAGUUUGAACCAGUUUUAUGGAGGCUUAGGAGGGGUGAGUGUGGAUAAUGUUUCAGGCAUUGUGAACACAAUGAAAGCUAUGAACUUGAGUCAAAAUGGGUUGAAUGGGAGGUUUUUUCCGGGGGAUGUGAUGGGGUUGUUUAAAAGUUUGGAGGUUUUGGAUUUGAGUGGAAAUGCGAUUUCCGGUGAGUUGCCGGUUGGUUCAUUUGGGAAUUUGAUGAAUUUAAAGGUCUUGAGGUUGGGGAAUAAUCAGUUGUUUGGGAUGGUUCCUGAGGACUUGUUGCAGAGUGUGGUUCCAAUUCAGGAGUUGGAUCUCAGUGGCAAUGGAUUCACAGGUUCUAUUCCUGGGAUUAACUCCACAUCUUUGAAUGUUUUGAACCUAUCAUCAAACAGUUUAUCAGGUUCUUUGCUGUCUUCUUUAAAAAGCUGUAAAACAAUGGAUCUGAGCAGAAAUAUGAUUUCCGGUGACAUAUCUGUUAUGAAAAAUUGGGAAACAAGUUUGGAGUUUCUUGAUUUAAGUUCAAACAAGUUGUCAGGAAGCUUACCAAACUUGACUUCUCAGUUUUAUAGAUUAAAUACACUUAAUCUCAGGAAUAACUUGCUAGUAGGUAACUUGCCUUCUCUAAUGGAGACCACUCCGAGAUUGGUUGCUGUUGACCUCAGUUCAAAUGGAUUUAGCGGGUCCAUUCCUGGUAGUUUUUUCACCUCAAAUAACUUGGUAAGCCUGAAUCUUUCAAGUAAUAAGUUUGUGGGGCCUAUUCCUUUUCAAGGAUCCCGUGCAAGUGAAUUGUUAGUUCUGCCUACAUAUCCUCUAAUGGAGUCUCUUGAUCUCUCUGAUAAUUCCUUAGAAGGAGUCUUGCCCUCGGACAUAGGGAACCUGGGAAGACUCAAAUUACUGAAUCUUGCAAACAAUGACCUCUCGGGACAGCUACCUACUGCAUUGGGCAAACUUAGUGACUUGGAGUACCUUGAUUUAUCUGGAAACAAAUUCAACGGUCAUAUCCCUGAUAAUCUUUCAUCUAGACUGAUUGAGUUUAAUGUAUCAAAUAAUGAUCUGUCGGGCCCCAUUCCAAAAAAAUUGAGAAACUUCCCUAAGUCUUGUUUCCGUCCUGGUAAUCACUUGUUAAUCAUCCCAGAUGGCAUGGCAUCAACAAAUGAUGCUGAAGGUAAGGUUCCUGCAGAAGUAAAACAUCAUAGUUCGAAGAACAGUAUUAGAGUAGCAAUCAUUGUUGCCUCAGUUGGAGCUGCUUUGAUGAUUGUUUUUGUUUUGCUGGCCUAUCAUCGGGCACAGCUGAAAGAAUUUCAUGGUAGAACGAAAUUUAGUGGCCAAACUGCGGGGAGCGAUAUUAAGGAAGGAAGACUGCUUUCCCUUUUCAAUUUCCACUCAAACGUUCAGCGCCCACCAACUUCCUUGAGCUUUUCAAAUGAUCACUUGCUUAUUUCAAAAUCAAGGUCAUUAUCUGGGCCGACGGAAUUUGCAACUGAAAUUACUGAGCAAACUGAGGGAGUGGCUGCCGGUUCAGCGUCUAUGAAUCCUAAUUUGAUGGAUAUUCAUCCUGCAACAUCUGGAAGGAAGUCCUCUCCAGGCUCUCCAUUGUCUUCCUCACCCCGUUUUGUUGAGGCAUACGAACAGCCUGUGAAGCUGGAUGUGUACUCACCAGAUCGGUUGGCUGGAGAACUGUUCUUCCUGGAUGCUUCACUGGCGUUCACAGCUGAAGAAUUAUCUCGUGCCCCAGCUGAAGUUCUUGGUAGAAGCAGCCAUGGAACUCUGUAUAAAGCUACUCUAGACAAUGGGCAUAUGUUGACUGUGAAAUGGCUGCGGGUGGGGCUGGUCAAACAUAAGAAAGAAUUUGCAAAGGAAGUUAAAAAGAUAGGAUCUAUGAGGCAUCCAAACAUUGUUCCACUGCGAGCAUACUAUUGGGGACCUAGGGAACAAGAGAGGCUUCUUCUAGCAGACUAUAUCCAGGGAGAUAGCUUGUCCCUACAUCUUUAUGAGAGCACUCCUCGAAGAUACUCCCCAUUAUCGUUCAUUCAAAGACUGAAAGUUGCUGUGGAUGUGGCUCAAUGUUUGUUAUAUCUUCAUGAUAGAGGCUUGCCACAUGGAAACCUAAAGCCAACAAACAUACUCCUGACAGGCCAAGAUUACAAUGUUCGCCUUACAGAUUAUGGUCUUCACCGCCUAAUGACACCAGCUGGAAUCGCCGAGCAGAUAUUGAAUCUAGGAGCACUGGGAUAUCGAGCUCCAGAACUUGCGAAUGCAUCCAGACCAGCCCUAUCAUUCAAGGCUGAUGUGUAUGCAUUUGGAGUGAUCCUGAUGGAAUUGUUAACCAGAAGAAGCGCUGGUGACAUAAUAUCAGGCCAAUCAGGAGCUGUCGAUCUCACUGAUUGGGUUCGCCUCUGUGAUCAAGAAGGUCGUGGAAUGGACUGCAUUGACAGAGACAUUGCAGGCGGGGAAGAACCCACAAAAGCAAUGGACGAUUUGCUCACGAUAUCGCUCAGGUGUAUUCUCCCUGUAAAUGAAAGGCCUAACAUCAGACAAGUCUUUGAUGAUCUCUGUUCUAUAUCUUCUUGAAAUUUUGUAAAUGCGUCUUGGAAUUAUUUUUUUCUUGUUCCUCGACCCAAUUCUCGUUCUUUUCAUUUUUCGUCCCUUAAUUCUUCUUUCGAUUAAUUGGUUUCUAGCCUGCUGAUUUUGGGGCUAAUCAUCACAUUUUUUCACUGAAAAUUUUCUUGUAAAGGAACAACUCCAUUGAUUAUUUGACAGUGUUUUGAGUUUGAUAAUCAUCUUCAAUUGGAAAAA